CGAUGGGCGAUGGAGGCGGGCGAUGGCGCGACUGCUGAAAAGUGAUUUCCAGUGCACUGAAGGCAUCAGAAUGUGCAGGGAUGUCAACUUGUUCUUCAUCAACAUCACUUCCAUUAUGUGACUUUUUUCCCUGUCAAGGAAACAUGGUCCAUAUAACUAGUUGUUUAUAAGGCAGAAGCGUUUGUUUGGGUUAACGAUGCAUUGGCUCAUUCCCAGAGUGUUGCCAAGGCCAAAUAUGAAUUUCAGUUUGGUGGGUCAGAAACACAGAAACCUUCAGAAACAGGUGGACAAGGAGAUAGCACUCUGCUCCCACAUAACGUCUCCAAUGAAUUUUCAGAAUAUGGCACAAUGGAGCAAGGUGCAGAAGCACUGAGGAGUUCAUCUGAGUUUCUAGCAGAGGCUAUAACAUGCAGUCCAGAAAGGAGGGAGGAUGACCAGUUGCCUACUCUUCUUGCAAGUGGCACUUACGCAGAUGAGCCAAUAUCUUGCAUUGAGGCAUCACUGCUACCAUCGAAAGAAGAAACUUUGCCAAGUGCUGAUAGACAGACCGAGAUUAUGAAAAUUUCUCAAGAGCUAGAAGCUGCAAAAGUACAGAAGGGAGCAAAUGCUUCUCUUUGUUCAGAGCUGCAAAUGGAAAAAGAAAGGAAUAUUGGCAGCCAAGGCAUACAGGCAGCCAGAGAAUUGUUUCCAGCAGGCCAAGAAAAACCCUCAGACGAGCCUCUUCCAUCUGAAAUAAGAGCUGAGGAGAAAUUGUAUUUGAUCAUAGAAAAAGAUCUGGCUGCAAUAGUAACUGGAGAAAUGCAGUUAGAGUCCUUGCAAGCCAUCAAUAAUAAAACUGAGGAGGUCCCCAAAGUGAAGGAGACAAGCUGUCACAGACCAUCUGUACCAGCCCUGGAGGCAGACAGCAAAGUUGGGGGCGUUAUCAGUAUUCUGGGGGAGGGAUGGUCAGAUUUUGAGAAGGAAUUUUCAGUGUACAAUCCAGGCGAGAUGCAAACGGGUCCUGGGAGGAGGAUAUCGAAAGAGGCAGCUGUAAGCAAACAUGUAGAAUUUCAAGGAGUGGAGAUUUUAUGGAUACAGAAAGCAGAGGAGCAGAAAGGAGUGAAGCAUUCAGUGCUAGAGGCCAAUGCACACUUACAAAGGACCGUGUCUGUAGACAAGAAGUUCUCCAAAGCAUCAAGCCACCCCAUUCCAGCCUCGGUCUCCUCAGGGUUAGUCACUUUGUCUGAGAGUGUUUGGAACGAAGCCCAGGCAGAUUUCAAACCAGGAGUUGGCUCGGAGUCCUUUUCUCUAGCUUUGCUAGCUGAAGGUGGGGAGGAUGAAGUCUUUGUGAAAGAUAAACUUGCAGAAGAAAAGAACCACGUGCUAAACACAGACAGUGAAAGGAUCAUGGAGGAGGAAGAAGCAGCCACGGGAGGAUAUGAAGAUGUCCUUGGACAAAGGCACGCAGAAGUCUCCAUUGAUGUGUAUAGCUCACAGUUUGAAAACAUUCUAGACAAUGCUUCUUUAUAUUAUAGUGCGGAAUCCCUGGAGACUUUAUACUCGGAACCCGAUAGCUACUUUAGUUUUGAAAUGCCACUCACCCCGAUGAUCCAGCAACGUAUCAAGGAAGGUAGUCAGUUCUUAGAAAGAACUUCUGCUUCAGGACAGCAAGAUGUCUGUAAGCUUCCCACAAAUGGUGAGAUCAAGAGUCAGUGCGGAGAGAUCUCCAGUGGACUAAGGGAUGUAAGUGACACCCUCUUCAGAAGAGACGUCACAGAGGUUACUCAUUUGGACAGCAAUGCUGGAUUGAAAAACUCGCUGUUCGACUCCGCAGCUGCCAUGGGUAGCAAGGAGCUCCUGGAGAAAGAUAGCACUGAAAACCAUAGUAAAGAUCUCAGCAAUGGCACCGACAGCAAUUUGGAAGCAGCCAGGAGGCUGGCUAAGCGCCUCUACCAACUGGACCGAUUCAAGCGUUCUGAUGUGGCAAAGCACCUGGGUAAAAACAAUGAGUUCAGCAAACUUGUGGCUGAAGAAUACCUGAAGUUUUUUGAUUUCACGGGUAUGACGCUGGAUCACUCCCUCAGGAAUUUCUUUAAAGCCUUUUCACUUAUUGGAGAAACUCAGGAAAGAGAGAGAGUAUUAAUCCACUUCUCCAACAGAUACUAUCAGUGUAACCCAAACACCAUUUCUACUCAAGAUGGAGUCCAUUGUCUUACCUGUGCAGUGAUGCUGCUGAACACUGACCUACAUGGCCAUAACAUUGGGAAAAAGAUGACCUGCCACGAAUUCAUUGCCAACCUUCAGGGGAUGAACGAAGGCAAAGAUUUCCCUAGGGCGUUGCUGAAGGCUCUCUACAAUUCGAUCAAGAAUGAGAAGCUUGACUGGGCAGUAGACGAAGAGGAGAAAAAAAAAUCUCACUCUGAUGGUACUGAUGAGAAGGAUAAUGGACCCCAUUCAAAGGCCAUUACUCGGAUCGGUCAUUCCAAUAACCCCUUCCUGGACAUUCCUCAUGACCCCAAUGCUGCUGUGUAUAAAACUGGAUUUCUGGCUCGGAAAAUCCAUGCAGAUAUGGAUGGAAAGAGGACUCCCAGAGGGAAGCGUGGCUGGAAAACCUUCUAUGCUGUGCUGAAGGGAACAGUGCUUUACUUGCAAAAGGAUGAAUAUAAACCAGAAAAGGCUUUGUCUGAGGAGGAUCUGAAAAAUGCAGUUAGCGUGCACCAUGCAUUGGCAUCAAAGGCAACAGACUAUGAGAAGAGGCCCAACGUCCUAAAGCUCAAAACAGCUGACUGGAGGGUCCUGCUUUUCCAAGCCCAGAGCCCAGAAGAAAUGCAGGCAUGGAUCAACAAAAUCAAUUGUGUGGCAGCUAUAUUUUCUGCUCCACCGUUUCCAGCUGCUAUUGGCUCUCAGAAGAAGUUCAGUCGUCCGCUUCUACCGGCCACCACAACAAAGUUAUCUCAGGAUGAACAGCUGAAAUCACAUGAAGCUAAGCUGAAGCAAAUCUCUACCGAGCUAGCCGAGCAUCGUUCCUACCCACCGGACAAGAAACUUAAAGGCAAGGAAGUAGAUGACUACAAACUGAAAGACCACUAUCUGGAGUUUGAGAAAAUCCGCUAUGAGAUUUAUGUUGCCCUACUGAAAGAAGGGGGGAAGGAGCUGCUGAGCAGUGGAGAAAAUGAUGGGCCAGGACUGAAGAAAUCCCAUUCGAGUCCCUCAUUAAAUCAGGAGUCUCCAGUUAGUGCCAAGGUGAAGCGAAACAUCUCCGAGAGGAAGGACUACAGACCAGAAACACCCAGCAUCAAGCAGAAGGUCACUUAGACUGCAUGAGACCGCUGUAGAAACAGCCAUGCAGCAAAAUACCAUUGGUCAAAAAUUUCCUUUGCUAACCUGUCUUUGAUAAAAACAAACCAAUGCAUCUGCCUGAAUGGGGUGGUAGUCACAUUUUCUAUUGUAUAUUUUGUUGUUUCUGUACAGAUUGUAGGAGAUGUCUUGGCUCCUGAUUUGCUUUGCCUUGUUAAUUUAUCAUCUAGCCAUUGAAGCACCUCUUUUUUAAAAAGGGGUGGGAGUGGGACUCCCUGAUUUAUUGCACGUCUCCUCCCUUUUUCUCCACUCUCAUUGGCACGAGACUUUCAUCUCAAGUCACCUGUGACCUUUCUCACUGCAGUGGGAAAAGUAACUGGACAAGCACUGCAGCAUAGUGAGUGCUAGCUGCAAUGACGAGAAACGAAUUGUUGCUCGGUUGCAGAGAUGGAGCUGACUGCUCCCUACAGGUUAGUUAAAUUCUGAUGCUGCGACUGGAGAUCUCCCAAUGAUGUGAAACAUACAGUGAUAGGAGCUGUAUAGACAGAUAGGGUACUGGAUUGUAUGAACUCUGGACCCACACAGACCAAGGGACUAAAAAAUGAAAAUCACUGGGAAUGCUGGGCAUACAGAAUUAGAACAGGUUUUUCUAAGUGAAGACUCUGGGGGAGCAGAGGGGGGUGCCCAAAGCCAUGUCUCUCUUGAUGAUUGAUCCAGCCAGAAUUAAUUUUAUUUUUCCAUUUCACUAUUCAAUGGGUUGUUGUAGAUGACAACUGCUGGCUGUGUGUUUUAGUAGAAAAGGGAAUCCCAUGUGUUUCUCAACAAUACACUCUCAUGCUGCUGCCAUACAGAGUCUCAAUAUGCAUUGUUCAUCUGCAGUUUCCCUCCAGAAUUUUGAUUUCCUUUUUAGUAGGCACAGGUAUUCUGCAGUCUCUCUGAUAUCAAUGGAGGUGUUCUCCUGUUCUCUUCUGAAAGGAAUUCUGUUAAACUAUCCCUUGAAUUUUUCACAAGUAUUUAGAAAGAACAUGUUGGAACAGAAGUCCUGGUGACUCAGGGACUUAAUGGAAUAGACUCUUUGGUCUUAGAGCCAGAAUCUGAGCCCAUUCCAGUUGCUCUGUCCCUGGCAGUCACACCAACGCAGCCAUAGGGAUAGCAAAACCUGCUCUCUGUGGAGUCUUUCUUUAAUAGCAAUU